GCAGAUAUUGCCAUUGCUAAUUUGACAUUGUGCGGACAUGAAAGGGAAAUUUUAUGGUAUCAGUUCAAAUAUUUACAUUACUUAUAAUUGUUGAAGUAUUCUUCUUGUUCCGAAAUUAAAAAAUUAUUAUUGCAUCAAAAUGGCAUUGGUUACAUCAAGUUGGUUUACUGAUAUUUUAACAUUAUUAAUUGUUACUUUGUCAAUUGUGUAUUAUUUUUUAACUUCAACAUAUAAUUAUUGGAAGAAUAAGAAUAUACCAUACGAGAAACCCACACUAAUAUUCGGCAACUUUUAUAAUGCGGUGACAUUUCAACAAAACAUUACUGAUUUUUUCGCAGACCAAUAUAGAAAGACAAAAGAAAAAUUUUUUGGUUUAUAUAUAUUCCGAAGACCAUAUUUGUUAAUACGUGAUCCAGAAUUAGCAAAAUACGUUUUGAUAAAAGAUUUUAAUAAUUUUAUACCACGAACAUCAGCACCCACCUAUAAAGAUGAUCCUUUGGGUGAAUAUAACUUAUUUUCGAUGAAAAGUACUCAUGAUUGGCGUUUUAUAAGAUCAAAAUUAUCACCAAUAUUUAGUUCUGGUAAAUUACGUAAUAUGUUUCCUCUUGUCAAUGAAAAUGGUGAAAAUUUAAAUGGCUAUCUGAAAAAUCAUGUCUUUGAAACACUGGAAGGAAAAUCCGUUUGUCAAAACUAUACAACAGAUGCGAUUGUAUCGACUGUAAUGGGACUAAGUGUAAACUCAUUUAAAGAUGAAGAAACUGAAUUUGAUCGAAUUUCCAAAGGUCUUUUUACAGUUACAUUACGGCGUGCAACUGAGUUAAUGUUUUUCUUUUUUGUACCAUUUUUAUCUCGAUUAUUACGAUUAAAAGUAUUUAGUGAAAUGGGUAGUCAAUUCUACCGAAAUCUAUUUUGGAGUGCGGUUAAAAUGCGACAAGAUAAUAAUAUAAAACGUCCUGAUUUGAUUGAUGCUUUAAUAACGUUAAAAAAUUAUGGCACUAUUGAAGAUGCGGAUAAUAAAGAACAAAAAAAAGAAGUUGUCAGCAAUCCAUCUCAAUUGAAAUUGGAUGGUGAUGUCUUGGUAGCACAAAUUGCUUUAUUUUAUGCGGCUGGUUUGAAUACAUCUUCAGCUGCCAUGUCAUUUACUUGUUAUUCAUUAUCAUACAAUCCAGAAAUACAGAUUAAAUUACGUAAAGAAAUUCAAACAGUAUUGGCUCGAAACGGAGGAAAAUUAACUUACGAAAGUGUAUUUGAAAUGAAAUAUUUAGAUUGUUGUUUUAAAGAAACAUUGCGGUUGUAUCCAUCAUUAGGAUAUUUAGAUCGAGAAGCAUUGGAUACAUAUACAUUUCCUGGUACAAAUUUGACAAUUGAAAAAGGUACACCGGUUAUAAUAUCCUUAGCUGGUAUGCAAAAAGAUCCUCAGUAUUUUAAAAAUCCUGACGUUUAUGAUCCGGAACGAUUCAAUGAUGAAAACAAAGAUAAAAUCCCACCGUACGUUUUCAUGCCAUUCGGCGAUGGACCUCGUAAUUGUAUAGGUGCACGUUUAGGUCAAUUAAUAACUAAAGUUGGAUUAAUCAACAUUUUAAAAGAUUAUGAAGUUGUUACUGUUGCUAGCAAACCUUUAUUAGAAUUGAAUCCGAAAGCAUUCUUUACAGAAGCUAAAGGAGGUAUUUCUCUUCAAUUUAAGCCGGGAACUGUUUAUGUAUAAUAAUAAAAUUAA